GCCCCCCCCCCUCCCCUCCUCGCCACCGAUACAGAGUAGUUGAUGCACCAUUCCUUCAGCCUACAUCCCGCUGCGCUGUUUCAAGCAAGCGAGCCGAAGCGUUUCUAAUUGAGUUUCGUUGUUUCGUCGGUGGGACGGUGGGUGGUAACCGGAAUGGCCGUCUCGACGACCCGGGACGCUGACGAUGAUGACGAGCUGAGUUUGAAGGUUAGGACCGGGCGCUUCGGGCGUUCGUUUUGUGCGUUCGCGCGGUCGAUGAACUUUCGCUCGGGGUCCCUGGAGCGACCGUGACAAAGCCGGCGAAGCGAUUUUCAUAUUCCAAAGCCCCCAUAAAAGUGACUCCAGAAUGGGGUUUUGCCCUUUUCGGUUUCGCUUUCGACCCGGUCUCAGCGAAGGCGAGUGGUCAGGGAGGUAGUGGCGGCGGGAAAGGACCAACCAAUCGAACCAAACAGAUCGCGUCGUAAUGGUUGCGUGCUUCGUGCGCUAAGGAUCUCUAAGGGAACGCGCCACUGCGUCAGUAUCCUUUAACGGAGAGGAGAACCUAGGAAAACCCCUUAACCCCGUCCGUAUGAUAAGCGGUACCCCCACUUACCGAUGACAACGGUGGAGACACCGAAAUUGCCGGUCAACGGAUCGGUCCAUUGCAUUUAUUUAACCUUCGAUCCUCGAAAGGGUGUUUAGUUCCGCACCUCACUUCACGGCGAUGUCGGGCCUGGGGCAUCGAAGCGCAGGAUCUUCGGUACGGACGAUUAGGAAAGCAUAAGCGGCAUAGGUCGCCGAGGGUACCAAACGCACGACAUUCUGUUACUUCCUUUAGCUCCAGCGAAAUAGGAUUCCAGGAUGUUAAAGAUGCUUCUAAGUGUUAAAGACCGAGGUAGAGAGCGAGAGAGACGAGUGCGAAAGAAAAUAAGCGAAACGCUCGUUUUAUGCUUUUAUGUUAUGUUUUGUUACGUUUGUUGAUGCUCGUUGUAAGCGUUGUUACAGUGCAUUGCGAUGCGAGAGCUAAGAUUCGAGACCAAAAAAAAAAAACGAAACCCUCUACAUUGAGUGCGAUUAUGCGUUAAGCCUGCGUUUAGCCGAGCAAACCAAUUUACCCUUUUCCUCAUCACCUCCUUUCAGCGCCUCAGAGUAAUGUAGGAGGGACGCUUUAAACCGAUGAAUGUUACAUGUUUCUGUGAUCUCAUUGAAUGUGGUUUAAGGUACGAUUUAUAGGUAGGCAUACCGAUACCGAGAAGUGCAGAACAAAUAUAUCUGAUAUGAUUGCUAUUGCUAUGUAAAUAUAAGGAUCAACUAUCGUACCACUACCGACCCGAUGGUUUAAAGCCACA